AUGGCCACCAACUCAAUAAUGCCCGCCGUCCGCUUCCACGGCCAAAAGGACAUCCGCCUGGAAUCCAUCCCCAUCCCCAAACUCACCACACCCUCCCACGUCCUCAUCCGCCCCGCCUUCUGCGGCAUCUGCGGCUCCGACCUGCACGAGUACCUGGGCGGCGCCAACCUGAUCCCGUCCGAAAACCCCCACCCCAUCACGGGCGAAACCCUGCCUCUGACUCUCGGCCACGAAUUCUCCGGUAUCGUGGAGGACGUCGGUGACCAAGUCAAGGGCGUGAAGAAGGGUGACCGGGUUUGUGUGCAGCCGAUCAUCUACGAUGAUGAUUGUCGGAGCUGUAAGAGGGGCCUGCACAACUGCUGUGAUAAGAAUGGAUUUGUUGGGUUGAGUGGUUGGGGUGGCGGCUUGAGCGAGUUGAUGGCCGUCCCUGAGAGUUGUGUCAAGAAGCUGCCGGAGAAUGUGAGUUUGGAAGUCGGCGCCCUCAUUGAGCCGUUGGCCGUAGGCUGGCACGCUGUUGAUAUCAGUCCGUGGAAGAAGGGGGAUGCGGCGCUCGUGCUAGGUGGUGGGCCGAUCGGGUUAGCGGUCGUGCAAGCCCUCGUCGGCCGAGGCUGCGACAACAUCAUCGUGAGCGAAGUCUCCGGGAAGCGGCGACAAUUUGCGAAGCAGUUUGGCGCGACGCAUGUCGUGGACCCGGUCAAGGAAGACAUUGUUGCGCGCGUCGAAGAACUGACAGGCGGUUUGGGCGCGGACGCGCUGAAGGCGAGGGGCACGUUGGUGAAUAUUGCGGUGUGGGAGAAGAGGGCGCAAUUGCAGAUGAAUGAAAUUGUGUUUCGGGAGAGGGGGUAUAUGGGCGUAGCAACGUAUUCUCUCGGAGACUUUGAAGCUGUGCUGGAGGCUAUUUCAAGCGGCCGAAUGAAACCCGAAGGCAUGAUCACCAAAAAGAUCAAGCUGGACGAAGUCGUCGAGGAAGGCUUUCAUACUCUGAUCGACGACAAGGAGAAUCAUGUCAAGAUUCUCGUAGAUGUUGCUGGGAGUACGAAGAAGUCAUGA